AAUCAGCGUCAUUCGGAUCAUUUUAUGUAAUAUCUGUGCAGAAGGAACCAGACUGUGAUUAAACAAGGGGUCAGAUGGUUCCUCUGUGUGGACCAAACUGGACCUCCUACAGAACUGGAAUAAACAUUAAGGCUGAAUUCUGAAGAAAGUUGGUUCUGGUUCUCCAGCCUUCCUGAAGGUCUGCAAGGUUCUGGUUUUUCUUAUUUGUCCUUUUAAAUGUCUGGAAACGUCCAGAAGGUGCUGAGAAACUUUGGAUUUUCCUAAAUGUUUCUUAGACAUUUCUGUUCCUGAUUUUGGGUUCUACGGUGGUCCAUCAUCAUCCUCUGGUCCUCAGCUCUGUUUGGACCUUUGGAGAUUCAGGGGCAUCUGGUGCUGUGCUGGGUUCUGAAUCAGAUUCUGAACAGAUACUCUGCAAGGACAGAAAAAUUAGUUCUUUCUGUCAGGGCUGCAAGAACAAAGUUCUUUCUGGCCCGGAUAUUUCAGACUCCACCAGAACCCAAGAGCAGAACACCACCUUCAUAUUUCUCAAACACUGAGCAAGAAGAAAGUUCUGACCAGGACAUGCGUCAAGAACAAGUAUUUAUUUCUCUUAUUCCAAGAAGACUGCUGAUUCUGAACAGAUUCCUGGACCUGAUCAAGUUCUGACCCGGUGCAGAUUUCUGGUUCUAAUAAGUUUACAUUUCUGAACAGAUUCUUGACCCUGAACAACUUAAUCUGACCAGACUUUGGGUUUUGAACAGAUUCCUAGUUGUGAACUGAGUCGUUGAACUCUGAACUCUGAGUCAUUCAGGCGUUAAAAUGCUCCUAAACUCCAGGAAUGUUGUAACACAAAGAGAACCUGAAGGCUUGGAGUUGGUUCGACCCGAUUCGUAGUUCUGCUUCACAGCCACACAUUUCAUCCCUUCCUGUUUCCAUUUGACCCGUUUUAACUCCUGCUGUUAGAUUUAUUUCCUGGAUCAGUACAACCAGGUAGAACUUGGAAAACUGGAGUGGAGUGAUGCAGCAGACGUUGUGUUCCAGAGGUUCUGGUUCCUUCCUCUUGGAGAGGAACGGUCAGGCCUGCGGCGCCAUCACAGACUCGGCCACUUCCUGUGACCUCCCGUUUCGGUGCCCCCGAUGUGGCGAGCAGGAGCGUUUCCGCAGCCUGGCUUCUCUGCGAGCCCACCUGGAGUACCGCCACUCCUACCGUUCUCCAGAUGUCAUCGCUGGAGACUUCAGCAUCACUGGAAAACACCCCGACCCGCUGACGGCGGCGAUCCCCUGGCAGGACAUGAGCCUCCCGACCCGCAGGGGGCAGCAGGGCACUGCGAGGCCGCCUCAUGUUCGCUCCCUCAGUGAUAGCAGAGACAGCGGGUACCUCCAGUCCUACAGCUCGGUGAGGAGGCGCACCCAGAGCGUUGGGGUGGGCACACAGGCGGAGGAGGAGGAAGGAGUGGAUGAUGAAGAUACAGGAGAAGAAGAAGAAGAGGAGGAAGAUGGUGAAGAAGCAAAUGAAACUAGAGAUGAGUCAGAUAAUAAAAUGUCCAGUAAAAAGUCAGACACAGGCCACCACCAUCAUCCAUCGUUCCCUCCUGCUUCCCUGGACCCUCCUCUGGACCUGGACACGGAACCGGAAUCGGACCUCGUUGCGCAGAGCUUGUACUCGGGCCUGGAGACGGCAGCAGCCUCGGCGGCGGUGCGGCGCCGACUGGCCAGCAUCUUGCGGGCCGCCGACGGCACCAUGCAGCGCCGGCUGGCCAAGGUGAGCACAGAACUGGCCAGGACCGACACGGAGCUGCUGUGUGAGCGCGCUCACUCGCAGCACCUGGCCCAGGAGAGACAGGAAGUGGCAGACAGAGAGCGCUCGCUGAGCCGGCAGGUGGACGUGGCCGUCAUGGUGAUCGCCGCUCUGAGGGAACAGCUCAACGCCUCGGAGAAUGAGCUGGAACGCCGGGAGAGGGAGGUGAUAACCAUCCAGAGGUUCCUGGAGGCCGCGGCCCGGCAGGAGACGAGCGGAAAAGUUCGGAUCCAGCGCUUCAUCGAGAACCUGCUGGGACGGAUCACCCUGGCUGAGAAGCUGGUGGAGUUUUACCAGGUUAACGGCAGCCCGGCCCAGUGUGAGCACUAUAAGCAGAACCAGAACCAGGCUGACAACGGCCAUUACAGAAUCAGUAAAAGCAGGUCAGCAGGAGGUCAGCUCUUCUCCUCUGGUCUCCAUGACAACAGGACUCAGUCCUCCUCCCAGUUCAGCGGUGCUCCUCAGUUCUCCAAAGCGGGCGUGGACCGGGAACGGGAGCGCCAGGAACGUCUGGCCCAGUCCUCCAGGCUGUUCUGCCGGCCUGAGCACAGAGAUGACAUCUGGAACCACCAGCAGCGCCGGUCCACCGGGAAGGAACAGCAGCUGAGCUCCUCAUGGUUCAGAUGUCAGGAGAAGCAGUGGGAACAUCAGCAGCUGUGUGCAGAGGUGGUGAAAUGUUCCUUUAAGUGUUGUGGAGGAGGACCGGACCUUGUUGGUACCGAGCAGCUGCAGAGACCUCGGAGCAGGUUCUGCUGUGUUCCAGUCUCCUCCUCUGUCCCCGGGACGGUUCCACAUGCAGGAUGUCUGCAGAAAACACUCUGGUGUCGGUGGACUUUGAAAUCUCGGGUCACGUUCAGGUACACAGAGAAGGAGGGUCUGCGGCUCGGCCUGGUGGGCUGGGUGAAGAACACGUCCAGAGGAACGGUGGUGGGACAGGUGCAGGGUCCAGCUGACAUGGUGGAGGAGAUGAAGGUGUGGUUGAGUAAAGAAGGAAGUCCAACGAGUCGGAUCACCAAAGCCAAGUUCACCAACCAGAAAACCAUCGAUAAGGUGGAGUUCUCCGGCUUCAAGACUCGCUUCUGACCUGCUGAAGAUACUGAGAACUUGUUCUGGACCUCAAACACCAAGCUGUUAAAGCUAAGAUCAGAUCUGAUGGUUCUAAUAGGUUUAGUAGGACUGUUUCAAUAGUUCUGACCCACUGCUCUGGGCUGAUGGUGUCUGUUGGCUGAAUAAAAGGAAGAUUAUUUCAUGUUUUAAAAGCAUUUCAUGGUUGGUUUGUGUCUCUACACAGAAAACAGCUCAAAUGUUCACAUUUGAGACAAAAUAUUGGAAAAUCCUGCUUUACCUGCAGCUUUUCUGCAUGGAGCUAGCAUGUUGUUAUCAUAGCUAACAACAAAGGUCUGAAAUGAAGUUCAUUUAAAUUACUGGUGAAAUUAAGGGUAAAAAACUGUUAAAAUUAUUAUUAAAAUCCCUUUAAAAACAA